GUCCAAAAUCCUUUUUGAUCCCCUCUCUCUCUCUCCUGAACUAGAGAUCCCACGCGGCCAACUACCACACACCACAAAAAACAGUGAACAGCCCCACUCUGUCCCAGUAUCCAAUGGGGGAAUCUAAUUCCCAAUAGUAGAAAAACACUACCAGCAGCUGUUAAUACACGCCUUUGUGCUGGGCCCAACUCUCACUUCAUGGAAAAAACACUCCCCACUUACAUUACUGCUACCAUUUAUCUGUACUUUCCCUCUCUCCUCCUAAUUUACUUCUCUCAUGGCUUCUUCAUGGAAUUUCAGAGCCAUAGUUCCCUUUCUUCUUCUCCUUGUUAUUCAACAACUGGGCAUUGUUCUAUCUGCUUUCUCAAGCAAUGUUCAUAUUGUGUACAUGGGAGAGAGGCGACACGAUGAGCCCGAGCUGGUUACAGAUUCACACCAUGGGAUUCUUUCAGAUAUUCUUGGAAGCCGAGAAGCUGCCGUGGAAUCAAUGUUGUACAGCUACAAGCAUGGGUUUUCAGGGUUUGCUGCAGUAUUAAAACCCCAUCAAGCUGCACUAAUUGCAGAUUUACCAGGGAUUGUUCACGUAGUUCCUAACCGAAUUCUUAGUUUGCAAACCACAAGAAGUUGGGAUUUUCUGCAAGUAAAGCCUCAGGUGGUAAAUGGAAUCCUCGAAAAGGGUCAGUCGGGUGGUGGGUCGAUUAUUGGCAUCUUGGACACUGGAAUAUGGCCUGAAUCGGAAAGCUUUAGAGAUGUGGGGAUGGGAAAGGUUCCUUCUCACUGGAAAGGGAUAUGCCAAGGAGGAGAAGAAUUCAGUAGUUCCAAUUGUAACAAGAAAAUUAUUGGUGCACGUUGGUAUGUGAAAGGAUAUGAGGCUGAAUUUGGAAAAAUAAAUACAAGCGAUGCAGUUGAAUAUUUAUCUCCCCGUGAUGCAUCAGGCCAUGGCACUCACACAGCUUCUACUGCAGCUGGGGCUUUAGUAGAUAAUGUGAGCUUCAUGGGACUAGCUAAAGGAACAGCAAGAGGAGGUGCUCCAUCAGCUUGGCUCUCUAUCUACAAAGUCUGUUGGUCUACUGGCGGCUGCAGCUCUGCUGACCUUCUUGCUGCGUUUGACGAUGCAAUAUUCGAUGGGGUGAAUGUGAUUUCAGCAUCUCUGGGUUCGUCUCCUCCCCUCGCCAGUUAUGUUGAUGAUGUUUUGUCUAUCGGUUCCUUUCAUGCCAUGGCCAAAGGAAUUUCUGUGGUUUGCUCUGCUGGGAAUUCUGGGCCAUAUCCUCAAACAGUGAUAAAUACUGCUCCUUGGGUGAUCACUGUUGCAGCAAACACAAUUGAUAGAGCUUUUCCUACUGCGAUUAUGAUGGGGAACAAUCAAACAGUUGUGGGUCAAGCAUUGUAUACGGGGAACGACAUGAACAAGUUCUACCCCAUUGUGUAUGGGGAAGACAUAGCAUAUGCUGAUUCAGACGAAGAUAGUGCAAGAAGUUGUGAUGCUGGAUCCCUAAAUGAAACUUUAGCAAGAGGAAAGGUGGUUCUUUGUUUCCAAUCUCGGUCACAAAAGACUGCAGCCAAUGCAGCAAGAACUAUACUAGAAAUGCAAGGUGUGGGAGUCAUCUAUGCUCAGUAUCCGGCAAAGGAUGUCUCGUUGGCCCAUGGCAUCCCGCUUGUCCAAGUGGAUUUUAUAGUGGGCACUUAUCUGUUGAACUACAUGGAAGCAACAAGGGAUCCUGUUGUGAAGUUUAGCCGUACAAAGACAGUCGUGGGUCGACAAGUUUCCCCUGAAGUUGCUUUCUUCUCUUCGCGAGGACCCAGUUCCCUCUCUCCAACUGUCUUGAAGCCCGACGUUGCUGCUCCUGGAGUUAACAUUUUGGCCGCCUGGACCCCUAUUGCAUCCUCCCAAUCAUUUGAUACCACUAAAAAUCAACUCCCACUUGGUUUUAAAUUUGAAUCAGGGACUUCUAUGUCCUGUCCUCAUAUAUCAGGCAUUGUGGCUCUUCUCAAAGCUAUCCAUCCCACAUGGAGCCCUGCUGCUAUCAAGUCUGCACUCAUCACAACAGCCUCUUUGAAGGAUGAGUACAGUCUAAGUGCGGUGGCUGAGGGAGCUCCAGACAAGAAAGCCGACCCAUUUGACUACGGUGGUGGACACGUUGAUCCUAACCGAGCCAUUGCUCCUGGUCUCAUAUAUGACAUGAAAGUCCCAGACUAUGUCCAGUUCCUUUGCUCUAUGGGGUAUAACGACACAGCCAUCAGCAAUAUAGCCAAGGCUCCCAAUAAAUGCAGGAGCAAAACCAAGAACUUACUUCUAAACCUAAAUCUGCCAUCUAUCACUAUUCCGGAGAUGAAAAAUAGUGUGACAGUAUCAAGGACAGUCACCAAUGUCGGUCCAGCAAUAUCUGUCUAUGUUGCUCGCGUUGAAGCUCCUCCUGGCGUAAAUGUGAUUGUACAGCCCUCAGUCUUGUCUUUCAAUUUCACAAGUAACAAGCUGAAGUUCAAGGUAACAUUUUGUUCACUAGUAAGAAUUCAAGGAAGAUAUACAUUUGGGAAUCUAUUUUGGGAAGAUGGUUCCCAUGUAGUGAGAAUACCAUUGAUAGUUCGACCUAUCAUCGAAUAUUACUAUCCUGAAAUAUGAAACAUGUAUCAUUUUUAUUCGA